ACAGAACUCCUUCAACGCUACCAUGGAGCCCGAAAAAGAUAUGCCAGGCGAAUCGACGUGCACAACCUGCCAGUUCAGUGAUGACUUCUCCAACUACUGGACUGCAGUCCUCUAUUUCCGCGCGCGGAACGGUACCUACAAGCGCGUUCCCCAACUCGGAAACAACCAAUUCAGAAACGCCAACGGUGGCCUCACCGUCUACUACAUGCAGGACGCCAUCUACGACCAACAACAGAAGUCAAAGGUGACAGCUUUCCAGCCGGGUUUCCGAAUGUUCAUUGGCGAUGUCCAGGCCCGAACCUUAGCGGAAGCCGCCCGCUUCCGCCAACUGACCUACACCUGCUUAGACACCUUCGUCACGCGCUCCCCCGAGCUCAUCGCCCUCCCCAACCGCAAAUGCAAAGAAGGAAUCAUGACCUCUCUCCGCUUCCCCACCUGCUGGGACGGCAAGAACCUCGACAGCCCCGAUCACAUGUCUCACAUGAGCUAUCCCGAGACAGGCACCUUCGAGAGCGCCGGACCCUGCCCGUCAACGCACCCCGUGCGCACCGCGCAAGUCAUGUUCGAAGUCGUCUGGGACACGAAGCCGUUCAAUGACCUGGAAUGGCCUGAGGAUGGAAGCCAGCCUUUCGUGUGGUCGUUCGGUGAUGCAACGGGCUAUGCGAACCAUGCGGAUUAUGUGUUUGGCUGGAAGGGGAAUGCGCUGCAAGAGAUAUUGGAUUACCCGUGCCAUUUUACGACGAAUUGCUCGGAGUCGGGGGCGAAGUUUCAGUCGGUUGCGGAUAUGAAUAAGUGCACGCAGAAGGUGGUGGUGGAUGAGGAUAUUGAUGGAUGGCUUGAUGCGCUCCCUGGUGGUUUCCAGGCUCAAUAUGCCCCUGCCUCUGGGUAAAUCCGUCGCUUGGUAGGAAUGAAUGUCGAAGUCUGUGUUAAGAUCUAUCCACCUGCAGGAGUUAGAAGUAUAUGUUUGGUUGCUGGCUUCUUGGUACACCCCUGAAGUAGUACGUUAAUAAAUUUUCA